AUGGGUUCCCCCUUUUGGUGGCUGACAGCUAUUCACAUACUGACUUUUCAACACAGAUCAUGCCUCAUUACAGGUCAUCUUAUUAGCUCUCCUCCUAAUAGUUCCAUCAUUGGAGUCAUCGGAGAAAGUGUGGUUCUGCCCUGCCACGUUGUAGCAGAUAACAUUCCUGAGGUAUUCUCUGUCCAGUGGAUAUUUCAUGAGCAGUCUCAAAAAAUAACUGUGAGCAGAUAUGAUGGAAAGAAUAAAGUGGAGAAACAAGAUGAGAGAUAUCAAGGCAGAACAGAAUUCUUCCACAGUGAAUUUAGAGCUGGCAACAUGUCUCUGCACUUGAAGAAUGUCAGGAGCUCUGACAAAGGAUCAUACGCUUGUGUGGUCUCUUUCAAUGACACAUACCAUGAUGUGUUGAUUGAACUGCAAGUGGCAGCUAGAGGUGGUGUGCCUUCCAUUUUCCUGAGGAGUCACAUGAAGCAGGGCAUUGGCCUCACCUGCCAUGCAGUUGGAUGGUUUCCUAAACCCGAGGUGAUUUGGCUGGAUGGCCAAGGACAGGUCCGGAAGGAACUAUCAACCACAAAGAUGACAAUGAUGCCUGCAGGUCUAUACAGUGUUGUAACUUCCAUGAACCUAAAACCGGGCUCUGACGUGGAAGUCUCCUGCAGAAUAGUCAACAAUCUGCUAAAUACAACGAGCGAGUCCCGAGUCCUGAUCUCAGAUAUUUUCUUUCCCUCCAUUUCAAAAUGGCUGAUUAUCUUCCUUGUAAUUUUAUGUCUCAGCAUGGUCCUAAUUUCCACUGUAUUUUCUAAGCUGAGAAGUAACCACAAGAAAACAGUUAGAUCGGUGAAAGUGAAGAUGGAAAUGGAAGAAGAAAAAAAACAACUGAAGUCGAUGUUAGAAGGAGAGAAAAGCAAAAAUCAAGCAGCAAAGUCCAAACUCAAAAAACGCUUCGGUCAACUGAAAGCAGAGCUGGAUUUCUGGGAAGCCUGGAGCCACGCAGUUCCCGUUACUGUGGAUCCUGACUGCCGAGUCCUGGAGCUCCAGGUGCCGGGGACUCCAGAUGUGGAGAGCAAUGCGUCUGAACCUGCUGGCCCAAACGCUCCCUCCACAGUCCCUGUCCUGCUGGGGAAGGAAGGGUUUGCAGCUGGGAAACACUACUGGGAGGUGGAGGUGGGCCAGCAGCAGGACUGGGUGCUGGGGGUGUUGAGGGAGAAAGGGAGGGAGGAGGAGGAAGGGACCCUCCCCGGGGAGGACUUCUGGGCUCUGCACAGGUCCCAGGGAGAGAUUUUCUCUAGCAAAGGAGAUCACAGGAUUGCGAAGCAGCAGAUGGGUAAUUCAGUGAUCGGUGUGCUGCUGGACUUGGAGGAAGGGCAAGUGAACUUUUAUGAUGCAGAGCAGAUGGGCGUCAUGGUGAGAAUGCCUCUAAGGCUUGGAAAGGAACCUGCAGAAAUGUUUUACCCAUUUCUAUCCAAAAGGGAAGGGACGCUCACACCUCUCAUCCGCCCAGUCUUAACCCCUGUCCCAUUAAAGCUUCUUUAA